AUGGCGACCAAUGUGGUUAUUUUAAAGGCUACGUUUGAAGCUUGCCUUCUAUGUCCAGAUCCUACUUCGGUUCCAAAGGAUGAGAUAAGCGCCUUCCACACUUUGCUCGAGCGCGCUUUGUCGCACUGCUCCCAAGCCAACAUACAGACCUGUAAAGCCUGGUUGGUUCGCUUUGUUGCAUUUUCAUCUAGUCGGGUACGGGGUCUGGCCAAUUAUCUGGAUGCUCUUGCGGCGUCCUCCCCACCACCCCAGCCCGCUGGAUCCAAAAUAUCAGCAAAACGCCAACGCCUCCAUAUCCUCUACUUGAUCAAUGAUCUGUUACAUCAUUGCAAGUACCACAUGGACGCCCCGGCAACCUUCUCCGCAGUGACCGGGUCCCUGCAGCUGCAUAUCGUGCAGUUGGUCAGCCACGCAGCAAACUGUGAUCGCCAGAAGAACCCACGGCAUCAUCGACGGCUAGAUGAUCUCCUAGAUAUUUGGGCUGAGCACGAAUACUUCCACCCCGAGUUGGUCGCCAAGCUUCGACAAGUCGUGACUAUAGGGGUCCCCGUGGAUUUCAACAAUGCGACCAACGAGCUCAACUCAGCCAAGAAGUCAGGCAAAAAUGUGCCCUAUAUCAUGCCAUUUACACAUGGACACCCAUCAAGGAUAUGGGGGGAUGUUCGUGCGGGCAACAUUUAUCCUCACCUUAUGCCCGACUCGACUAGUCCAAUCCGAGGUGGUACUACCAUGAAACCGAUACAAUUACUAGCAGGUCCUGCCGACGCAAAGUUAGUGGAACACCUCAAAGCUUUUUUCAGUGAUGUGGGCAAGAACUUCGACCCGGAAGUCUCUGGGCAUGAUAAACAUGCAGACGUCGAUCGGCUGGGCCAGGAAGUGAUCCGGGGUGAGAAUACUGGCGAUAUCCUCGACGGCGAACACUAUUACGGAGGGUCCCUUGAAUUCUGCCAACCCGCCGACACAGACAUCGAGAGCUUCCGUGACCGAAGUCGCAGUAGCAGUGUAUCACGAACCAAUAACAAGCGCCAACGCUACAGCGACAGCUCCAUCAGUCAAUCCGAGUCACGAUCUCCAAGUGAAUCACGACCAUACCGACCUGGCUUCCGUCAUGGGAAUGACGCACGAGCAAGAAACCGUUCUCCACAGCACUCACACAGCCAGGAAAGCUCAUCCACACCUCACGAAUCAUCCACUUCACACUUCCCGCCCCCUCACCAACCUCAACACCCCGCCGCACCCUACAGCUCCUUCCCCACUAUCCAUCCUUCCAAUGGACAAUAUGCCCAUCCUCCCAUGGGUCCCAGCAAUGGCUAUCCCCAGGUACCUGCACCCAACUAUGGUUCUUGGCCUCCCCCUCCCCCGCAUAUGCCAGCAAUGCCCUUCCCCGUACCCGGACCCGGAUCCUCCUCAGCCUUCCCUCCUCCGUACCACCACCACCCUUCUAUGCCCCAGGGACAGGGACAGCGACAGGGGUACGGGAUGCCACAGGGUCAACAUCACUUCCCCCCUCCUUAUUCCGGGGGUCGGGGUGGUGCGCCGCGGGGACCUCCCCAGGGCGGGCGCGGGUGGUAA